AUGCCAGAGGAGAUUAGCAGCAGCAACGUGGGGGUGCUGUUCGGGGGUCCCGCCCCUGCGCAACAGCACCCCCUGCCUUCUGUCUCGGAGACCGCGACCGCGACCACCGCCUCCACCGUCCCCUCCACCACGGACUACCCCGGGGAGCUGGGGUUCGAGCUACGCUUCCAGCAGUCCAGCACAGCCAAGUCUGUCACCUGCACGUACUCUCCGAGCCUCAAUAAACUGUUCUGCCAGCUCGCCAAGACCUGCCCGGUCCAGAUACACGUGACUGCCCCUCCUCCCCCUGGCGCGGUGGUCCGAGCCACGGCCGUCUACAAGAAAUCGGAGCACGUGGCCGAGGUGGUGAGGCGCUGCCCGCACCACGAGCGCACCUCCGAAAACAACGAAGGCCCUGUCCCGCCCGGGCAUCUGAUCCGGAUCGAGGGGAACCAGCUGGCUCAGUACCACGAGGACCAGUGGACCAGGAGGCAGAGCGUCCUCGUGCCUUACGAGCCGCCCCAGCUGGGCUCGUCCUGCACCACAGUGCUCUACAACUACAUGUGCAACAGCAGCUGCAUGGGCGGAAUGAAUCGCCGGCCCAUUCUCACCAUCGUUACCCUGGAGACCAGCGAUGGUCUGCUGUUGGGGCGUCGCUGUUUCGAGGUGCGCGUGUGCGCCUGUCCCGGCCGGGAUCUGAAGAGCGAAGAGGAGAACAGUCGGAAGCAGCUGGAGAAAGCCGGCAGCAAGGCCAGUGCAGGGAGCACCAAGCGCAGUAUUAAGGAGGUCACCCUGCCUGCCCCCGGGUCAAGCAAGAGGAUCAGGACCAGCGCCGGCUCUGACGAGGAAGUCUUCACUCUGCAGGUCCACGGCAGGGAACGCUAUGAGAUGUUGAGACGCAUCAAUGAAAGCCUGGAGCUGAAAGACCUGGUUCCCCAGAGCGAGCAGGAGAAGUACAGAGAGAGGCUGCAUAGAAACAGCAGCCGCAAGGAGAGGGAGGGCCUGGCGCCCAAGAGAGGGAAGAAGCUGCUCGUCAAGGAAGACAAGAGCGAUUCCGAUUAAACCACGCCCACUAUGCAAAACAGGAGUUCUGCGCUGUGGGGUGUGGUUAGCUAAACCCCGCCCCCAACAGAAAACUGCCAUAUAUAUAUAUAUACAUAUAUAUACACAGGUGAUCCUCGACUUACGACGCACGCCACUUGUGGCUCUUUUGCAUUGUUACCGUUUCGACUUUACAACGCUGUAAGAGUCGAGCCGUGCGUCAUCUUUUAAUGUAUUUAUCAUUAACAAAGUCUGAUAAGAGCAACCGACUCAAAACGAACCCUAAGCUGUGAACUCUGUCACAUAAGGGGGGCAUAACUUCAGGCGAUCGUAUCUCCUGCUAGGAAUAGCGCAGGUGCACGCUGUAUACAUCACUGGAAAGCCCUGUACUUUUAAACAAGCCAGGCAGAUAGAAAUACGCACCUGAGUGGGAAGAGUUAAGUGUUUGCAUGAGUACAAUAUGACAGGUCAUUUUUAUAAAACUAUAUUAUCUGGCUGAAGUCGGGAACGUGACCCCAAUUUGUAACACGGUUCCUAUGGGAAUAUGCGCUUCGACUUAAAACGCGACUUCCAGGAUCCGUUCGUCGUAAGUGCGGGGACUGCCUGUAUAUGCAUUUCAUACAACCCUCCCCUUCUCUCCCUUUUGUAACUGGAUUCCAAUUAGAAGUGUUUCAUCCAUUGUAACUUUAAUAGACAAUUUUAUUAUUUUUUUUUUUUUUUUUAAUUUCUAUUCAAAUGACAAUAAAGUCACCUUGGAAACA